GAAAGUAUCUAAACGCUACUUCUGUCUUAACCUUUUGCGCUGGAUUUGUUUUCUGAGAAGAGUUAUUCUUGUGAUCUUUCACUAAAGAUGGUGGAGAGACCUACAGUGAUCAUCUCCAGUCCAGAUGAUGCAGUGAUCCGGAUUCUUCUGCUGGGCAGAAACACUUCUGGGAAAAGCUCAUCUGGGAACACUAUCCUGGGAGAAGAGAGGUUUAAAAGGCACGAGUCUGAGGUGUGUGAGGGUCAAGCUCAGAUCUGUGGGAAGCAGGUUGCUGUGAUUGAUUGUCCAGAUCUACUGGAUCCAGAUCUGAAUGAAGAGCAGCUGGUCUCUGGAUGUUCAGCAGGUCUCAGUUCAGUUCUGCUCACCGUGUCUCUGGAGAAACCUGUGGGAAAUGAGGAGGAGAUCCUGGAUUAUAUGAAGUGUUUGUUUGGUGCUGGAGUUCAGAAAUACAUCAUGAUUCUGUUCACACGUGGAGAUGAUCUGGAGGAUCUGGAUCAGACCAUUGAUGAACAUCUGAAACACAAAGAUCAUGAGGAUCUGCAGCGACUCGUGACUGAAUGUGGAGGAAAGUUUCACUGUUUCAAUAACAAGAGCAAAUCAGACAAACAAGUCCAAGAUCUACUGCAGAAGAUUGAACGAAUGAUGACGGAGAACGGAGGGAAAUUUAUGAUGGAACAAAUGAAGAGGAAUAACAGCAAAGACGCUCCUCGUGUCAUUUUUUCAGAGAGGAAAGACCAGAUCAGACCGGUUCUGCUGGGAAAAGUGCCGAUGAAAACAGCAUGGUCUGCAGAAACAUGUUUGAAUCUUUGACACAGUGUGACUCAGAAACCCACGAGAGCAACAAGAUCUCAGAGAUCGACACACCAGCUGUUUGUGAGGAAAACCACACUUAGACGUGAUGCAAAAAAUCCCCACAUUACUAAUAUCUGACCAUUUCACUGUUAAACUGUGUUGAAUUGUACGUCCACAUAUAUAAGCUAAAUAUUCACGACAAUCUCCAAUCAGGAAAGCUGAGUAAGCUCAUGUCUUACCUCACAGACUUCAGUGCUUUAGGCAGAUAUGAUGAGGUUUGACAUUAACUCGAUUACUUGUUAAAUGACUGUCCGUUUCAGUAUUUACUUAUUGCUUAUAGGAGUGUAAUUUACUACAACAGUACCUUAUUUCAUGUUCAGUAUUUCAGGGGAACUACCGUUAGUUGCUAAAUGUUUUCUUUAGUACAGGCAUUUACUUUUUAAGUCAGGUUCAGAAACUUUAGUUUGGUCUAAAUUAAAGCCAUUAAGUAAAACUGAUCAUCUCUUGGCUAACUCUUCUUUAUUUUACUCCUGACACAAAUGAACUGUCGACUCGAUAGAUUAAUAAAUGGCCUGUUAUUGUUGACGCUGUGGUAAACAUUGUGAAAUAAACAUUGUAAUAUGAUAUUUUCACUUCACACAGUUGUGGCCAAAGGCUUUUGUGUUUUAUUAAUUGUCUUGAAUCAAUAAA